AGGAGGGCGGGGCUCCCAGCAUCAUCACCACCGGCCAUCAUCGCUUCAUUGUACGGGCUGCUGCUGUUGCUGAUGCAGAGAUCGUAGCGGAAGCCACAUCUGAUUUUCAACAAUACCAUGGAUGGUUACCCUCCCACGUCAGGAACCGUCAGCAGAUGGAGACCCUCGACGAGCCCCUGCGUCUGUUAGGAGAAUGAGGAAGAGGCGGCACUGGAAACUUUGGGAGCACCUUGGAAAGUUUUUGUGAAGAUCCAAUGAGAGCAUCGAGAGAGCUUUUCUAGUUCUUGACUCAAUGGCUAAGAAAGGCCGAAUGAAGGGCGAGAAGCCCGAAGCCCUCAUUUCUGCCUUGCAGGCAGCCAAUGAAGAUCUCAGGUCCAAGCUGACUGAUAUUCAGAUAGAGCUUCACCAAGAAAAAUGCAAGGUGAGCAAGCUGGAGCGGGACAAGGUGCAGGAGGUGAAACGUGUGCGAGAGCAGGAGCAGCAUCGCCACACUGCCACGUUAACGGAGCAGCGAGCCAAAUGGCACGAGGAAAAGCAAAAGGAGCUACAAGCUCUCAGGGAAAGCCUGACCCGGCAGCACGAGCAGGAGCUGGCCCGCCAUGCCAAGAUCAAAGACCAGGAGAACCAGAGACUCAAAGCUGCACUGAAUGCCAUGCGAGAUGGCAGCGGCGAGAAGGUGCGUACCGCACUCACGUUGGAGGCAAAAGAAGAGGCGCGCCGCUUCUUUGACCAGGAAAGAGUGAAGCUCCUGCAGGAGAUCGCAGAGCUGAAGUCGUCUAAGAAGCAGACCGACGAGGCGCUCAGCAACAUGAUCCAGGCAGACAAGAUGAAGGCUGGGGACCUGCGGGUGGAGCACCAGCAGCAUCAGGAACAGAUCUCCAAGAUCAAGUGGGACUGUGAGCGGGACAUUCGCAGACUGGUAGAUGAAAUCAAGGCGAAAGAUCGCACCAUUUUUGCUCUGGAGAAGGAACUGGAGUCAACGACAGGCUUUCUGCAGAAGCUGCAGCUCCAGAAAGAUGCUCUGGAUGAACAGCUGUUUAUAGCCAAAGAGGCCGAGUGCGGCCUGGGAAGUCCCAAAAGAGAGAUUCCAGGCAGAGCUGGAGAUGGAGCCGAGCACCACGGCAGCCCUGACUUGAGGAGGAAUCAGAGGCGCAUUGCUGACCUGAACUCAACCAUACGGAGGUUGGAGGACCGCAACUCACUGUUGGGCGAUGAGAGAAAUGAACUGCUAAAGCGCGUUCGUGAAACAGAAAAGCAGUGCAAGCCUCUGCUUGAAAAGAACAAACUGCUGAGUAAAAGAAAUGACGACUUGACGAUGACCAUCCAAAAAUUGGAGGAGAAGCUGAAGAACCUGACAAAAGAGAAUCUGGAAAUGAAAGAGAGAAUGAGCUCCCAUCCUCCUCUCAAGAAGCUAAAGUCACUGAAUGACUUGGACCAAGCCCACGAUGACCAGGAAAUCACAUUUCUGAAACUUCAAGUCCUGGAACAGCAAAACAUGAUUGAUGAACUUACACGGGACAGAGAAAAGCUUCUAAGAAAGAAAAGACAUAAAAGAAGUUCAAGGCCUAUUAAGAGGCCCAUUGUAGUCGACACCUUUUUUGGGUACGACGAAGAGUCUAUGGAUUCGGAGUCUUCCUCUGUGGCUUCAUUUCGCAUGGACAGAACCCCCGCCACUCCUGAUGAAGACCCGGAUGAGGGUCUGGCCAAUGAGGAAUCUGAGUUACGUUUCCGUCAGCUGACCAGGGAAUAUCAGGCAUUGCAGCGAGCUUAUGCCCUCCUGCAGGAACAGAAGGGGGGUGUGCUGGAUGCUGAGAUGGAGGCAAAGGCUCAGGAACAACUGCAAGCUGAUGUUCUGAGGUAUAAGGCAAAAAUAGAAGACUUGGAGAAAGAACUAGCCUUUAAAGGACAGGAUUCCAAAUGGGUGGAGGAGAAGCAGCUGUUCCUCCGAAGGAAUCAAGAGUUGUUAGACAAGGUGGAGAAGAUGGAGUCAGACUGCAGCCGGCUGCAGCAGGAGCUACAAGACUCCAGAGACCAAAAUGAGCUGCUGGAGUUUCGCAUCCUGGAGCUGGAGGAGCGUGAAAGACGGUCUCCUCCGUUCAACCACUUGAGGAUGCAUCCGUUCUCAGAGGGAGUCAGUGCACUUCAGAUUUACUGCAUGAAAGAAGGAGUCAAGGAUGUUUGCAUACCGGACCUCAUCAAACUUCUGGAUAUACUAGGAGACAACGGGAACUUAAGGAAUGAAGAACAAGUGGCUAUCAUUCAAGCUAGCACGGUCUUAUCAUUAGCAGAAAAGUGGAUUCAGCAGAUAGAAGGCACAGAGGCAGCACUGCACCAGAAGAUGAUGGACUUACAGAUAGAGAUGGAAAUGUUCUGCAAGCAGAAAGGGUAUCUAGAAGAAGAGCUGGACUACAGGAAGCAGGCCCUGGACCAGGCCUACAUGCAAAUCCAAGAGUUGGAAGCAACGUUAUACAACUCCCUGCAGCAGGACAAGGUAAUAAAGUAUGGCGAGCCUCUGAAUGAGCUCCAGAGGGAUGAGCUACGAACGGCAGUGGAGAAGCUGAGGAGACAGAUGCUACGAAAAAGUCGGGAGUAUGACUGUCAGAUCCUCCAGGAGCGAAUGGAACUGCUUCACCAGGCCCAUCAGAGAAUUCGGGAUCUUGAAGACAAAACAGAAAUCCAGAGAAGGCAGAUUAAAGACCUUGAAGAAAAGGUCGUGGGUCAGCUUGGAGUUCUUGUUUUUGACUGGAAUGUUAUUUUUUGUGGACAAGCUGGAAAAAGCAAGUUUAUUAGUGGUUGUCAUGACAUCACGGACUACUUUGAGUUUGGCCCGUUUUCAUUUCAGAAUACCUUAAAUGAGAUGGGAUUCACAGGAAUCUUCCCACAGCGAUAUUUUUAGAAAAGUCUUGGAUAAACAGUUGACAGUACAACACAAACACACAUAAAUAAAUAUAUUCAAACACACAUGGAGAAACUCACAAAUGCAAACUUGUGCUUUGACCAAUCUAAACCAAAGCUAAGGAAAUCUUUUGUCUGCACUGCAGGUUUGUUAUACGGAAACUGUGUUACAGAGAGACAAAACACACACACACACACAAAGAAAAACCACCAACCGGGCCAGAGCUUCAUUUCUUGCUCUUUUUUUCCUUCUUGUCCAAAACUGUAAAUUGUUCUUGUCAGUUGCCACCGCGAAGCGUGUCAAAGGGAGUCAACUCAGGGCCCACGCGUGCAGAGGCUGCUGGACCUUCGCUGAACUCACGUCAGAUAAUCACAAAGCGAGAUCGCUGUGGACACGAGAGCGUCACCACCUGGCCAGGUCGCCGCUCCUACCAGAAUGGUGCUUGGGCUCUUCAGAAGUUACACGUGGAAAAUGACAGAGCGACGCCACAGACUCUUGUGUGCGCGGACUCUAAAGGAAGCAGUGACACACACUCAGGUUGACACGUCGCCUUGCCUGGAUCUCCACAGGAAAACUCUGCUCUGAAGUCCUCCAAAGCCAGCAGACUGUCGGAGCUUCCCUCUCUGGUUUUCUACUUUAGCAGAUUCUGUAUCUCCAGAUUUACAUAAAAAUAUUUACUGUAAUAUAUAUAUAUAUAUAUAUAUAUACACACUGUUGAUAUGUACAUGUGUCUGAAUUAUUUACCGUAGUCUCCCCUUUUAUUUUUGUCAAUAGUGGUGUUUUUAAAGUCUCAAGCAGCUUGAACAGUUGAUGUAAUCGGUAGUUUGAAAGGGUCAAAGCUGCUGUUUUAUUGUAGUGAUGGCUGCAAAGAGGAGCUUUAUUUACUUUAAAGUUACAAGAGUUGAUAGUAUAUGAAUGAGGGGAAAAAAAAACAAAAACAAAGGAAAUCUCCCCUGUUAUCCACCUCGAUAAAUCGUUCUGGAUUGUUAUUUGAAAUGUGUUGUUCUGCUUGACAGGGAUGCUGGUUUCACCAAUUUGCCCUUUAAAAACUUGUAAAUAUUUUCAGGAUAAUUUGCAAAGGUAUCACCAUCUAGUCUGACACAAAUUCAAAAGAGUAGCGCUUCAAAUAACUACAUACUUGCAGUACUACAGAUUCUCUUCCCUCAUUUUAUUUUAUUUUUUUUAACUAGCCAAACUUAUUUGAUACCAACAACUUUUGCAAAACACUACCGGCCGCGGUAGAGGUCAUUUCUGGAGUGAAACAGGACCCAGUUGGUGCAACUCUAGUCCUGCCUUGAAGCUAACUGCCUGGAUGCUGAAAUAUUUAGCAGCUGAGCGUGCUCCUUCCACACUCACACUCCAACGAACAAAGUAUCUGCCGUCAGUAGUGUCAAGUAAUGUGUAUACUUUGUUUAUAUUAUUUAACAGUUGAACCUGACUCCAGAAAAGUAGAAUUUUUCUGAAUCACAUUUAAUUUUUUUUAAUAAAAAGAGAAGAAACUGACUUUUUUUUACAGCCUUUUUGGUAUUAAAUAUUUUCCUAUAUUAGGAAAAACAUUUAGAUCAAUUUUCUUUUAUUCUUUUACUUCAUUUCAACUUUUAUUUUGUGAUGCAACUCAGACAAUUUCUGGACAGUCUCCAGAAAAAAAUGUUAAACUAUCAUAGCUUACUAUGAAAAUUGACAAGAAUCCACCAUAAACAAUUUUAAUUUUCUAAUCUUCAUCCAGUUUGUAAACAUUGGCAUUUUUUUUUUCAGAUUAAAUAUGAUAGAGUUCUCUCUGGUAAUGUCCUGAGAAGUCAGACUCACACAGAAGGUCAUGGUUGUGUUUGUGGAGUGUUCCAGUGCUGCCAGAGGAAGUCUGCCAUAAAAGCACCUUCGUCUCCCUUUUCUCGAGGGGGAAUGACCUCAUAUAGAGGUCAUCCUCGAAGCUGCCGAAACAAAGGGAAAAUAAAGUUUGAAGCUAAAAUAAAAAGCUCAAAAUUA